CAUAGUUGUCAUGUCGUUCCUUCCGGUUGUUGUGUUUGUCUUAAUAUUCCUUUGUUUUGUGUUUCUCCUGAGGUUGUACGUUGUCAUUAAAACUGGAUCUAAGUAUAAACCCGGGUCCAAAGGUUCGGUUGUCGUUCUGGCCGUGGCAGGUUCAGGCGGACACACCACUGAGCUGCUGCGGCUGAUGGACAGUCUGUCUCCGUCGUACAAACCCAGACACUAUGUUAUCGCAGACACAGACAAGAUCAGUGAGGAGAAAAUCUGCACUUUUGAAAGUUCCAAAGAGCUCAGAGCGUCCGAGCCUCAGUUCACCAUCUGUCGGGUCCCACGGAGUCGGGAGGUCCAUCAGUCCUGGAGUUCAUCUGUGAUCAGCACGCUCCACGCCCUGCUCUACUCUGUACCGCUGGUCUACAAACUCAGACCGGACCUGGUGCUGUGUAACGGCCCUGGGACCUGCGUCCCCCUGUGCGCCGCAGGACUUCUGCUCGGAAUUCUGGGAAUGAAGAAAGUCCUGAUUGUUUAUGUUGAAAGCAUCUGCAGGGUGGACAGUCUGUCUGUGACGGGACGGAUACUCUACCCUGUAUCCGAUUACUUCUUUGUGCAGUGGGCCACUCUGAGGGACAAGUACCCCAAAGCCAUUUACCUGGGCCGGAUAGUCUGACCACUGAGUCUGGGACCACCUGGGACCACCUGGGACCGUCUAGUACCGUCUGUGUGUGUGUUUGUCAGAGCUGUAUGUAAUAAAUACUGUAU